CCGUCGAAACGGAACAAGACGUAGACAUUGUCGAGUUAAGACGAUUUGCUUCUCAGCCUUGAAAGAAUUCAUAGAGAGAUUUCAAAGAUUGGUCAAGAUGGAAAACCUUGUAUCAAUGCUAGCUAUAUUGUGCGCUGUGCUUCAUGCAGUAAACAGUAAUUGUUUGGACAGAAUGUCGAAUGCUCGUUGUAAGAAGUAUGCAAAGUACAGAGCAUGCAAAUACAGGCCAGUGAAAAUGGCUGUUUUCUGCCCUAAGACAUGUGGCUACUGCAAAGAUAGACCUGUUUGCACUGACAUCAAGUGCCCACCAUCAAAGAUCUGUGUUAUGGAUGAAAAUGGAAACCCAGGAUGCCGCUGUUUGGUAGAAUGCAAGAAAAAGUUUGGAACAGGCCCUGUUUGUGGUCACAAUGGCGUCGAAUACCCUGAUUUAUGUGACUUGAUCAAUGCAGAAUGCAAAACAGGAGACUAUAUUUUAGUCAGGAAAUACGGAUCAUGUGUAAGAAAAGUUACAUGCAAAGAUCGGGAGAGAGAAGCUAAAUUAGGCCUUUGCAAAUCGUGGCAAAAGAUGAAUGCCUGUUUCGACCACCCUGUCUUAAUGAGAACCUACUGCCCAAAGACAUGCGGAUUUUGCAGACAGCCAAAUGAGCCAAAAUGCGAAAGAUCAAAGUACGGCUGCUGCUGGAGUGCACCAGGAGAUAAAUCUGCUACUGGACCAUACGGGCAAGGAUGUGGUGAAUGCAAAGAUGCGCCAUUCUGCAAGUACUUCAAGCAAGGAUGUGGAAGUGAACGCGCUUCAAACAUCAAAGUGAUGAAGAAAAUGUGUCCUUUUACUUGCCAUUACUGUCAACCAGCAAGACUCAUUGGAGGCUAACAUCAAAAGUUCAAACAGAGGAUGGUUCUAUUUCAAAUCAUAGACGUUUCUGCACGAUAAAUAUCGCUAAGAUAUAAACCAAUUUAUCCCGACAACAUAAUAGUGGCCAACUGCAUCGUUAAACGAUGGUUCAAGAAAGUAGGCGGUUUAGUCUGUGACUAUAUAUGCAAGUAACUCGUCAGGGUAAUAAUGUUGAAGGUUGAUACAUUACAAGUUAGCUGUUAUUUGCACAGAUUCUGCUGUUCCAGAAACAAGUUUUCACCAAUAAGCUUUCUUAGUCGUUUGUACGAUUUUGAUGAUAAACAGAAAUUACAGAAUUGUUCAAUGACUAUCCUGGUUUUUAAACUGCACUUUUUAAGAAUCAAUUUUUAGCUAUUUUUAUGGGAAGACUGGCACUUAAAAUUGCCCCUGCUAGAACCUAUGAAUAAUACUAAGAUGGAAAAUUUUUGCCAAUUGGGAAUUUUUUUCAAAUUUCAGAGCAUCAAGCAGUCAUAAUUAAAAAGAAGCAUUUUUCUUCUUUACUAAAAAAAAUUAGAAGGAGCUUCGUGCAGCUCCUUUACAAAAAUAUUGACAAUUAUUGUAGAAUUUUAUUUUGGCUUGUUAAUGUUCAUUUUAUAUUCGUAACUUAAACUUUUUAAAUUUUCUAUAAACAACAGUAAAAGUAAGCUGUAUCUAAUAUCGUGUUGCUUUUUGCUGCUCUUUUUUUGAGAAAAAGAGUUUGCUUUUAGACUUUGUAUUAUGUAACAGUAAAGUAAGGUCUUCCAAAAUUAUCCACCGAUCUCCUGCCUUCGGGUAUAUAUUCAUUGUUCCCUUUUAAAUAUUUAAAGGGGAUUCAAAAAACCACUAUAUAAUGGAGGCUUGAAUUGGUAUUAUUAUAAUAUGUACCCUGAAAAUCGUCUCUGAAACGUCUGUGAAACCAAUCCCCUCAUUUGUUCUUUUGUCGUUUCACUUUCAUUUAUUUUCUUGAUUGAAAAAAAUAAUAUUGGCUUGCAGAUUACUGGUAAGGUAUGUUUGCUAUGUAAUCAGUGCAAGGGUUAGUUAUCUUAUUUUUUUAUGUAAAUUCACUUAGGCUCUGUGUAACUGUAGAAAAUAAAUAUAGCUUAUUGGCGGCAAUUAUUUAAAACUUUCCUAAUUAUUAUAUUGCUACAGCUAUCUAGAUUAUACAAAUUUUAAGCAGCACUUAUUUUAAUGUGUAGAUAGUUUUUAGUAAUAAUUGAUAAGGUAUUGACAAAUAAAGGCAACGAGUGAAUGUUUAAACCGCUGUACAGAUUAUAGCGUGGAAUGAGCAUUUUUAGAUACUACGCCAAUGUUUUCUUUUCUUUCACUUGCCUACACUAAUUGAAAUUCCUUCACUAUUUGCACUCUCAAUAUUUUGUGUAUAAGUGUUUAGCUGCCGAAUUACUUUGAAAGUUAACUUAUUA